UGCCUUGCAAGCUAUCUCCAGUUCACCUGCUCGCAAGUUUAUCGGGCAAUUCCUUGCGCUAACAUGGAAUUCCUCCAGACUCCUCCUGGUCUUCGCCAGCGUAGAAGUGCUGCCAUCUAUGUCGACAGAGAGUCUGGCUGCUCCCAGACUCAAUCGUCUGGUCUUCGCCAGCGUAGAAGCGCUUCCGUUUAUGUCGACAGAGAGUCUGGCUGCUAUUCACCGAGAUUUCGCAGUGGCUGUUCAAGUUCUCAUAAUGAUACACAGAAUGCUGUCGAGAGCUCUCCUUUUCACGAACUACCCUGCACUUCCCCCGCAACGGUUCUUCACGUUGAACCCUCUCCUGUUGGCUCAUCUCUGAACCAGGACGCCGUUAAGGAGAGUAGGCUGAGAUGUGCUCGUCGACUUGCACCGCUGGACCUUCUUUCUGAGCUCGACGAGGUUGAGGAGUUAGUUGCCGUCAGAGUCGAGAAUACUUUGUCCUUGUCACAUCUGGACAACCGACAACGCCAACAAGACUUCGCAAAAGACAUCGCUGCGGAAUGCAAGGAGUUUUCUCUGCUUACCUCUUGUGGAUUGCAACAACCUCAAGAUGUUCCCGAUGCUGAGAAAUUAUUCAAAAUCCAUCAACUGUCUGGAGAAGAUCAGCGGAAGGCCAUACUUGCUGUGCAAGACCUCGUGGAUUCAUUUACCCUUGAUAAAGUUCGGAGCUAGCCACCACCAGCCAGCACAAUACUGUUGAACUUCUCUUUGUACAUAAGCUGAUGAUGAAGGGCAAAAUAGGCUUGCUAAGAUUGGCUAAGCUUUAUCAGCAUUGAGAGAUCAACGCAUGAGU